CCUCGAGCCCCCGCGUCGCACGAAGGGAGGGAAGAGCGUGCACGAUGGCCGAGGAGGACACCACGGUCAAGGAGCCGCUCGAUCUCAUCCGCCUGUCGCUGGACGAGCGGGUGUACGUCAAGCUCAGGGGCGAGCGGGAGAUCCGGGGCAAGCUCCACGCGUACGAUCAGCACCUCAACAUGAUCCUCGGCGACGUCGAGGAGACGAUCACGACGGUGGAGAUCGACGACGAGACGUACGAGGAGAUCAUCAAGACGACCAAGCGUGCGGUGAGGUUCCUCUUCGUGCGCGGCGACGCGGUGACCCUCGUGUCCCCGCCCCUGCGCACGUGAGCGGGAUGCGGUUGAUUUUCAUCAUGUAAAACUAGGAAAGAAGAGCCGGCGUCGCGCGAGUUUGGCUCGGAAAGACCGGCGCCGGAUGAGGUCGGGCGGCUCACGUAAUAUUUCUCAAGUAAACGAA